AUGUCAGACGGCAAACCCAAGGUAGCCAUCCCGGCGUGGCAGCGCGCGACUCCGCCAACUCCUCCUGCGACUGAGGACCCAGUCAGCAGCCAGCCAGAGACCAGUGACGAGCCAUCGACGAAUACUUCAGACGACCAGGCGCAGGAACCGAGCAACGAAGCUGAGCCCAUAGAAGCGAAGUCCUCGAACGACGUUGUGGAAGACAACCAAUCCACCUUCGGCAUCAGCGAUUUCGAAACGUUCAAGCAGCAUGAGCAGCAGCAACAACAAUCCCGUCCAGAUGUCCCACCACAACCAGUCCAGCAGACGCGUCCCGCCGCACCACCGAUCAUUACAUAUCCCGAGUUUCUGGUAGAAGCUCACAAGCCACCGCCUCUCAUCACACCUACCAGUGUGUUGAACACCGUAUAUGCAGCUGGCGGUGCCGCAACACUACUCUACGCCGCGAGCAAAUGGAUCAUCAGCCCAAUGGUGGAUACUCUCUCAGAAUCGAGGCACGACUUUCUGACGCAUAGUACUGGCAAGGUGGAUGAGUUCAAUGAAAGGCUGUCCAAGAUUGUGAGCAAAGUGCCAGACGCAAAGAGAGGGCAUGCACACGAAGUGGAUGGGGACGAUGCGGACAGUGAGACCAGUGAUCCCACGGAGCUCUACCACAGGGAUAUGGGCACACAGACAUCGCCUACGAUCAGCCCUUCUGUGCCUGAUGCAUCAGAUGAGAAGAAGAAGGACGCCGUCACCUACCAGACGGGCGCGCUUGAGAUUAUGAGAGAGCACAUCAAUGAGCUUGCAGAUGGGUCUGAAAAGGCGGCCGAGGCGAACAAGGAUCGUCAGGAUACAGUGAACAAGCUGAGACACUAUCUCGACGGCCCGACGUACUCGAGCUCGGGCAUCAGCACGUGGCAGACGAGUGAAGAUGCCAUUUCCAUGAAGAACGACAAGUCUGGGGAGGAUGCUAUUGAAGAGCUCAAGAAGGAGAUAAGAGGCGUGAAAGGUGUACUUCUGAGUGCGAAACGAUUCCCGGCUGUCAGUAGGCCCGUGGCGGGCGCUGCAUAA